AGAGUGGGCACCGGUUACUCUGGUGACGUGUAGGUAGCGAUGAUACCAGGAAGUGUGAACUAGGGAAGCAAAAUAGUUUGGGUAAAUUGAAUAUUUUCACUCGUUAUCAAGGAAUAUAAUUGAUUCUGUAGUGAAUAGGUGUAUACUCUAGUCGUGGAACAUAUUACCAGCCGUCUAGUGAGCUACCAUGGGACGACAUGGGGGCGUUGGUUUAGCGGUUUUCGUACUCGUGCUGGUCUUUUGCGAAGCAAGAAGACACAAACUCGCCCUAAAGAAUGACUCUAGGUUUGUGGUUCAUCUCAACACCUUUGGUUUCUUUGCCAACGGAACCCUGGACGUCAAGGUUCUCUCCCUGAGACUGCCCGAGGACAACAGCAAGCACCCUGUGGGAUUCAGUCUCUCCAAGUCUCGUGUUAAUGGAGUGCUGUCCUACACAGCGGAGGAGACGCAGGUGUGUCCGCUCAGCAAACACACCGGUGUUGAGCCCUUCUUCCUCUUUCUCAUUGACACCAACAACCUCAGAGUCAAUGUGAGGUCUUAUGGAGACCAGGACAGCGUCUUGACCCAGCUGAAGACAGACAAGACACUCACUGAAGACUCAGGUCAGCGGUAUUUACCUCCCUUCAAUACAACGCAGUGGCGAGGAAAAGAAAAAGAUGCAGUGCUGAAAGAGGAGGGGACGAAGGAGGAAAAGAAGAAAGAUGCAGUGCUGAAAGAGGAGGGGACGAAGGAGGAAAAGAAGAAAGAUGCAGUGCUGAAAGAGGAGGGGACGAAGGAGGAAAAGAAGCCAGAACCCAAGGAGGAAAAAAUGGGGCGGAUCAACGGUCUGAUUCUGGAUGUGCAGAAAAUCAAUGGCUCCUACAGCUUCAGCUUCCACAUGGUGAUUGGCCAGUUUGAUGAGGGCCUGUACAACCUCGACUUCCACUACUGCGAGAACAUUCUGCCAGGCAACAACCGCCCCUACACUCUCAACGUGGAGGUGACGGAGAAGAACCCAGGAGGUUACCUGUCAGCAGCAGAGAUCCCUCUUCCUCGUCUCUACAUCUUCAUGGCUGGAGUUUUCUUCAUUAUAGCCAUGGUCUGGGUUUACACACUGCUGAAGCACAGGUACAGUGUGUUUAAGAUCCACUGGCUGAUGGCAGCUCUGGCCUUCACCAAGUCCAUCUCCCUGGUUUUCCACAGCAUCAACUACCACUUCAUCAACACGGAGGGACACCCCAUAGAAGGAUGGGCCGUCAUGUACUACAUCACCCACCUGUUGAAGGGGGCUCUGCUGUUCAUCACUCUGGCGUUGAUUGGUACUGGCUGGGCCUUCGUUAAAUACAUCCUGUCAGACAAGGAGAAGAAGAUCUUCAUGAUCGUCAUCCCUCUACAGGUUCUGGCCAACGUAGCCUACAUCAUAAUAGAGUCUACAGAGGAGGGCUCUAGUGAGUACGCCCUGUGGAAGGAGGUUCUGUUCCUGGUUGACCUCAUCUGCUGUGGAGCUAUCCUCUUCCCUGUUAUAUGGUCUAUUCGUCACCUACAAGAGGCUUCCAGCACUGAUGGGAAAGCUGCCAUGAACCUGGAGAAACUCAAACUAUUCAGACAUUACUACGUCAUGAUAGUGUGUUAUAUCUACUUCACGAGGAUCAUCGCCAUCCUGCUGAAGGUGACGGUGCCUUUCCAGUGGCAGUGGUGUUACGAGUUCCUAGUGGAGGUGUCGACUCUGAUCUUCUUUGUGUUGACGGGGUAUAAGUUCCGCCCGGCUUCCAACAACCCCUACCUCCAGCUGCCCCUGGAUGAGGAGGACGUGGAGAUGGACGAAGUGGUGACGGAGUCAGGUAUGUUGGAGGGCAUCUCUAAAGUCAAGAAGACAUCUAAUGGUCGCGAGCGCCAGAAAGAGUCUACCUUGUGAGAGUGUUUGUGAAGAGGGGGGGGGGGGAUGUUCUAAACGCCCAAAACCCUCAGCGUUGGAGAGAAACGAGGACUGAAAUGGACUAAGGCACACCCUUUACCCCUUUCCUAAAACACUCCCCCUCGAUCUGAAACUGGGUGGCUGUUACUAAAGCAACCACCGCCUCGCUAUGCAACAAGACGAACGAUGACAGACUUUAGUUGUUGUUGGACCUUCUCUCUCUCGUUUAUCUGGAGACUUUCUGGAGGCUCUGCACCCCUGCCUGGUGUCAUAAUGGUUCAUUCCAGGGAGAGAAGUCUUCCACCCCCCCCAUGUCGAUGGACGAAUAGAACGGUCUGGUCUGGGGUAGAAUGGACCUCUAAUGACCCCUCUCUCUCUCACUCCCUUUCCCUCUCUCUCCUUUUCUUCUCUCUGGAGAACGGAGGAAGCGACACUCCAAAGAAGAUCGUUUUCCAGAUGUGUGAUCGGUAUAUUUUAUAUCCAGAGUAUCCUGUUCUGUUUUAAUGUGUCCCAACUGGGUGUGGUUUGGAACCCUGUUCCUGGUGUAGUGCUCUACACUACACAGGGUGUGGUUUGGAACCCUGUUCCUGGUGUAGUGCUCUACACUACACAGCCUCUGUUUAUUUAAGUGGUACUCCUGUUCUGUUGGACAACUUAGGCUGUAUUUUGAUGUGUGUUUUGGCUUUGUGUGUCUCUUCCAUUGGGAGGUGCAGUUUGAGCCGUCUGCCUGUCCAACAGGGGUUAUCCAACCUUCCUCUGUAAAAGCUGGUAUGGGUGCAGGCUUUAGCUCCCGCCCUGCAGUAAAACCUGUAUUCAACUAAUAAUUUUUUUAACGUUGAUUUAAUUAUAGUUAAGUCAAAUUCUAGUUAUCAAUAAAGAACAGCUGAUUCAACUGA